AUGUUGUUUGGGGACAACGAGAAGACGGAUUGCACGGAAUGCAAUUACGAAGUCGUGUUACAACCCGCAGUCCUGUCGGGAUUUAUUGCCCCGGGUGUCGGGGAUUCGCUUCCGGGGAAAAUGGAGAAGGAAAGGUCGAUUCAAAGGGAGCAACGAGGGCUGCAGGCGCCGUUGUUCAAGUCGCCGUUUGCCGGCGGAGAAGACCAGCGGCGGUUGCAUGGCGGUCGGCCGCCUCCGCCGCCGUACCUUCAGCAAGGCGACGGCGGCCUGUAUGUUCCGCAGGCUCCGACCGCCGCCGCCGGCAGAAGGGCGGACUCUGGCAGUGGCAGCCGCACUCCGUCUGGAAAACAAAAACAAGAUUCUUCGGGACUUUUUCUUCGUCGAAAGGAAGAAUCAGUCGGAAUUUGCGUCAGCGCACAAAAGGAAAGCAGACCGGAAUUGACCCACUUGUGUGCCACCUUGCCCACGUACGUCGCAUCCCUGUUCAAUCGGCUUGGCUGUGCUGGACUCAUCACUUUGGAACGAGAGCGAUAA